CUCAAAAGUGCUUUUUGUAACAAGCUGCCACAAGAAGCAGUUUCAGAAAGCUCCACCAAAACCCCCUCUCUCUGCUAUUCUGGGCACAGAAACCAACCACACCACACCAACACCACACCACAUCAAGAUUCAAGGGUGCAGGAAUUUUCAACCUGCAGGUGGAGAAAUUCUCAAGAAGCAGACCCAUCAAAUCCCCCAGUUCUGGUCGCCCUUUACAGCUUUCCUGGCGAUCGACUUCCGCUAUUGUCUGCUUUUCGCAUUGGCUUGAAACUUAUCGAGUGCGUCAACGUCAGAUGGCUUCUCUGGCGACCGCCGAACUCUGCGACGCGAACCCUGCCCUGAUCGCGAAAGGCGAGCUGCGCGUCCUGCAGCCGGUCUUCCAGAUGUUCGGCCAGUGCCGGGCCUUCUGCGGCCCGAUAGUCACUCUCAGAGUGUUCGAGGACAACGUUCUGGUGCGCGAGCUACUCGAGUCACCCGGGGACGGGAGAGUGCUGGUGAUCGACGGCGGCGGGAGCAUGCGGUGCGCCCUCGUCGGCGGCAACCUGGGGCAGCUGGCUCAGAACAUGGGGUGGGCCGGGAUCCUCGUGAACGGCUGCAUUCGAGACGUCGACGAGAUCAAUGGCUGCGACGUCGGCGUUCGAGCACUCGGGUCGCACCCCUUGAAGUCCAACAAGAAGGGCCUCGGCGAGAAGCAUGUUUCGGUGAACGUCGGCGGCGCGGUUAUUCAGGAUGGAGAGUGGCUGUAUGCAGAUAGUGAUGGUAUCCUCAUUUCUAAGACCGAGAUAUCUAUUUGAUCAUAUAUGUAUACAAAAGAGUGUUUCACUUUUUGAUACCAAAUCAGAGAAUUUAAUUAAACAACUUUGGCUUGGAACAA